CACACUUUACGGUCAACGACCAACCUUGUAUUAAUCACUCAAAUAAUACAGAGGACUAUACAUGCACUUGCCACGCACUGUCUCUACAAAACUGGCAGUAUGCCGCGGCCUAUUUAUAGACUGGACCGAGUCUGGCAGUUACAAGCCAACUGCCUAGCCUGAAGGGACGUGUCUCUUCGCGAGUGGCAGUUGGUAACCGCCAAUGCCGCAGCCAUCCGUUCGCCCAAAGCACCUGUUCGCCCGGAGCCCUCAUCUGCCUUGCCACCGAUUCGCCCCAAGGCACCCGUUCGCCAAUGCCAUGCCCCCUUGCAGACUCGAGCCAUGCCAGCACCGAACCGACACAACCCUUCGAGCUUGCCCUCAUGCCGCGGCCUAACCCAGACCACUCAUGAGUCAACUCUUUCCCUUGAACUCGUGACCAACCCUCGUUGCCUUGCGCCCAGCUUGCCCAAGUCCCACUUGUCAACCGGUCAACCAACCCUCGUUGCCACUGAACUCCCAAUAGUCGUGACUGCCCAAGGACAGCCACGCCCCGGCAACGCCUUUGCCUUGGCAACGCCCCGCCAUGAUGACUUUGGCCGCAUCCCAUGCCCCGAAGCCACCCUAUCGAGCCAAUGUGAUGUCUCGAUAUAGACCCGCCAAAAAGGGGUCUAACAAACCUCCCCCACCAAAUGAAGUUGACGCCCUCUUCGACACACUUCAGCAUCCGAGGUUUCCAAUUAGUUCCUGCCGCAGGCAACUAAUUCACUUGCAAUUGACAACCCCAACUGCUAGGUUUUCAAUUCCACGCUGCCAAGCCCCGCCGUGCAUCACACUCCCUCGCAUGAUCACUUGAGCCUCGCUGCCCAACGACUACAAGCCCUUGCACCGUUGUCAGCAUAUGCACAUCCCAUGUGCUUUGAGCCUUCCGCUCCGCAUUGACAAUACCCAUGCCAACACAACUCUUCACACCCCUGUGUGUCGCCGGACCACGCUGCAUCAUUCUGCACAGUCCCAGUCGUGCCACUGAUCAGCCUCACGCACUGACGCCCUCCCACGUUCCAAGUGCCUUGAACUUAGAUCUGGCCCAUGAUCCCAAGUCCAAAUGUUGAGCAUGCCCGCUCCGUUGCCAAAGGAUCCCAUCCAACUAGCAACACGUUGACCCACAGUCAACAGUUUUGGUGAACGCCCCACUCCCUUGUGUGCUUCGCCAAAAAUAUGAUGUCCAACCCGCACAACCCCGUGUACGCUUGACCCAUCAUCGUGACACCUUCUGAAAAGCAUGCCACCGAACCUUAGCGUCUCCACGACCUUCGGUCCUGCACUGCCAUACCCAAGCAAUGCCAAUGCGAUUGCCCGACGUCCCACGCCUGCAACCUAUGCCAAGUCCACGCCCCUCUUGGCACAUGCAUUGUCCACACGCACAGUGCCCCUGAUGACUUUCACGGUGUCAUCAAACCAAACGCGAGGGAUUCAAUGUCACCAACGCAGAAUCCUCCUCGAACUCCACUUGCUUCAAGGCAGCCAACUUUUGGUUCUCAGGACAGUUCCGCUGCAAGUGCUGAGCGCCACACCCCCAACAACCAGCCUUGGACUUUGCCUUAGUCACACUCGCUUCCGUUGCCACACUGAUGUCGUCACACUUCAACUUCCCCCUUGAACCGGAAAUGCAUGAUUCUCCCUUGCCCUUGUCCCCCUUGGACCCAUCAGACAAUGAGUCCUUCGGCCGCUGCCAUGGCACUCGGCAAAUCCUUCACAGCCUGCCUCCUCAAUUCUGUCUGGGCCCAUGGCUGCAGUCCAGACACGAAAUUGAACAGCCUGUCCUCUUCGGUCAUGUUCUCAACGUCUAACAUGAUCGAUGAGAACGCCUUGACAUAAUCCCUUACCGAUGUGGUGUGUUUCAAGUUCUUCAAGGCCUCUCUGCCCAUCCAAGAGACAUUGUGGGGAAGGAAUUGACCCUUCAAUUCCUUCUUGAGCCCCUCCCAUGACUCAAGCCCGUGUCUUCCCGUAUUAGCGUCGUCCUUUACUCUACUUCGCCACCAAAGCUUUGCAUCACCAGACAAGUACAUGGGUGCAAUCCUCACCUUCUCUUCGUCAGGCACCUUUGCGGCUUUAAAGUAUUCUUCCAUAUCCCACAGAAAGUUCUCAAGUUCCUUGGCAUUACGUUCACCACCAAAGGUCUUCGGCUCCGGCACUUUGAUCUUUGAAGAACAUACUUCAACGCUUGGACCCGGUCCCGCUGCAAGAGCCCUCUUCAAAACCACAAGUUCUGACUUCAAAACUUCGUUCUCUGCCAAACGUGCAUCCAGUUCGUUCACAAGGUCUACCCUUGAGGUCUCAAGGUCUGUAAGCCGCGCCCACACCAGCCUAAGAGCUUUCUCAAUCAGCCCACGAACCAGCACCUCUGCAGUCUCCGCUUCUUGGUCACCGACAGUCGAUUCACGAUCUUCAACCAUCAGCUCUGAUACCAAAGAUACAUGAUGUGUAUUUUUAUCAAAUAUAAAAAGAUAAUAGAGUUUAUAUGUUUAGCUUUGGUCAUCACGGAGUAUAUAAUAGUGGCUAUAUGAAAAUAAAUUUUGGCUCAUACGAAUAUUUUGGCACAAAGACCAACAUAUUAGACAGGCCCGGCCAUAUGGGGAGAUAACCUAGACAACUGUCUAGGGCCUCAAAGAUUUAGGGGCCUCCAAUUUUUAAAAUAGGCCUAUUAGUAUUAUAUAGAUACAUUCAAUUUUAAUUGUAAAAAACUAAAAACUAUGCAGGCCCACAAUUGAAUGGAGAGACUGAAAGCAGGUAAGGCGGUGAGUGAUGAGUCGCACGCCUAAUUGAGUAGCAGGCUUUAAGUAUUGGAAUUAUCAAAUACCUUUACUAUUACUAAUUGUUUUAGUUGAUUUUAGGGAUUUUCAUUUUUCAAACUAGUUGUUUUAUUAUUUUAUUACUCUGUAUUUACUUCUAGUUCUCUUUUUAUAGUAGGCUAGGGCAGUAGGGCCUAGGGACCAAGGCUAUAUUAUUACAGUAAUAUCGUGAUAUAUUGAAAUCAAAAUAUGUUUGUACUUACUCUUAUACCCACUUUUAUAUACACUCAUGUUUGUGAAAGCUUUUUUUGUCCAUGAGUUCCGUUCACAAACAAUUUUUGUUUGUGCAAAAUUUCUUGGGUGAUGAGCUCCCUUAAAAGGAGAUGCAACUUGUCGGUAUGAGUAGUACUAUUAAUCCGUUUAAAUUAAAUCUCCGGUAUUACAAUCACCCCCACAUAGGAACGCAACGUCCUCGUUGUGCCCAUAAACCAAUCUCAAUCAUAUCCCAGAAUCUUUUCCCCUGCUAAGUGCCCGCCCGAUAUCCAACGGAUUAGCACACUGUCGCAGGGCUGCUCUGAUACCAUUUGUAACACCCCGACCCUGUAGGCCCCGAGGUAGUUACUUCUGACCUCUAGUACUGUCCUCACAAACCGCCACUAGCCUUUUACGCGCACUUUGUCCUCACUCAUGCGCGCCCUGACAAACUUCCCAAGUGGUCACUCAUCCCAAGACUACUCCCGUGCAAGCACGCUUAAAAGGAGAUGCAACUUGUUGGUAUGAGUAGUACUAUUAAUCCGUUUAAAUUAAAUCUCAGGUAUUACAAGUAGAUCCCACCUUAGACCAAUUUUUCCUCUCCUUCAAUCUCUACCAAGGGGACAUUCAAAUGUUGGGGGCUUUGCCAACCUUCAGCAAAUUCCGGAGUGGAGGCUUUUAUCCGAGGUGCCUUCAUCCCACAAGGGUUAGAAGGACAAGUUCUGCUUCAUCCGCAUGGCGGAGAAUCCUUUCCCUGCCCCUCUCCGUGAAUGCUGCCCUCGCGAAAGAGGGGAAGAAACUGACGGUUAAGCCUGCGGCCUCCGAUAAAUUGAAGACCAUCAAGGACGCCACUCUCCCGGAUGAACUCUAUCUGUCAGGCUUCCGACGGUUCCGGCUAAUGGGGGGAAAGAUGAAAAGUAUCCCCCGAUAGACCGAGUAUACGAGAGCGCCGAAAGUGCAUGUCGAGGGCUCUUCAUUUUGUACUUGUGUUUUCUUUGCUUUUGAUUGUCUUGAUUGUAAUAAUUUCCUGUCUUGCAGGACCCACCAUGGAUUUGAAGGCCCACGCCAACCUGAAGAAGAAGUUGGCCAAGGAGCCAAAAAAGAAGAAGGAGGUGUCCUCCCAGCAGAGGCCUGUCGAUGAAUUCUUCCUGAGGGAAGAGGCUGCUGAAGUUCCGAGGGAGGAGGGGCCCUCAAAGAUAGUAGACCUCGCCUCUGGUGCUGAAGUCGGGGCCCUCCAAACUGACGCUGCAAAGAGGAAAGCACUGGGAAAAGGCGCCGCGGCCCCUGGCAAGAGAGCUAAAAAGGCCACCGGUGCUAAAGGUGUUCCGGUUGUAAUUUUCAAAGGCCACUCAUCCUCUGGCACCCCGGUGGUAGUGGCGCCUAUUUCUGGUCCCCCUUCGGAUCAGAUCGGUGAGGGGGAAUGGCCCCGGAAGACUGUGCAGUUCUCCUUUAAAGAGGGGACUGCCAUUGUGCACGGCACCCUGGACCCAAGAGAGUUCCUCAAUGGUGCCACCCCUCCGUUGGAUAGAUCGGCUCUCAAGCCUCAGACACUGCAAGUAUCGAUAUUUUAUUCUCCCUUAAUCCAUUUGUCUUGGUUGCUCUUCGCGUAAUGAUCUGACCCUUGUCUUUAUUUGUUUGUUUGUAGGCUAGUGUGGCCCUCGGGGAGCAUAUCCGGAGGGUGGAACGAUUGCGCCUCUAGAAGGCAGAGUCUGACGAGCCUCUGAGGAAGCUCGUCACCCAGAAUGCCACUUAUGCUAGGAAGAUGGUGGAGCUGGAGGAGACCCUCCGACUGGCUACGAGGCGAUGAAGUAAAGGCUGAAAGAGGUCAAGGCUAAGGGCAAGGCCAGUGCUGAGAAGGCCGCCGCCGAGGAAGUUAAGAAGGCUGCCGCCGAGGCUGAUACCGCCAAAAAGAAAGCGGUAACCCAGGCUGAGAAGGAUGCAGUUGUCACUUUCACCGUCGAGGGGUGGAAGACCGAUGAGUGGAAGCAAUGGCUGGCCUCGGUGGUGGAGGCUACCAUCGACGACUGGGUUGGUGGCCCCGGCGCUGAAUGGUUGGCCCGGAGGGGUAAGGCGUAUUAUGAUGGCGGCGAGUUCUUUACUCAAUCCCUCGUCUACAGUAGGCUAGCCCGGCAUUAUAGCGUUGAGCCAAAGGACUUCGACCUGUCUGCCUACGGUCUCCCUCUCCUGCAACCAGAUAUCAGGACCCCCCUCCCUCUGGGUGUCGAGCGGCCAAAUCUUGAGGACUCGAAGCUUAUGUAAGAGGGCAGUGAUGACGAUGAUGAUGCCAAAGAUGAAGCCGGAUCAAAGCCGAAAGAUGGCGGCGAGGACGUUGCUCAAGCUUUGAAAUCUUUCCUUAGUAUUUUCUUUGUAAUAGCUUUGUAGUUCCUCAGCUUCAGCCUCAUGUGUAAAUGACAUACCUUUUGUACUUGAAUACGUUUUGAAUGAAUGUGAUAUUGAUGCCUUCGGUGUAAUGUAUGAAUGCCUUCAUCUCUCUUUACCUCUGUGAAUGAAUGCUUUAUAUUGUUCUUGUUGUGCGCGUCUGGUCGUAGGCCAAAUAUUUUCGUACUUAGGAAUUCUUCCAAGUAAAAAUCCACAGUGGAGCCCUCGGGCAAACCAUUCCUUUGAUAGACCCCGGUAAGUAUAGCAUUGGACUGCCCUCAUCUUGUAGUGAUUUCUCCGGGGCCUUGAUAAUUGAGGACAUUGAAAUUUUUCAAAGUACGAUUCACCUACGAGCCCUCGGUAGAGUUCUGCCUUCAUUUAUAAGAAACAGGGGGACCCUUCUUGGGAAACCGAUGGGUCCUAUUGUGUGGACUUAGAAAAAUUUCAUUCUUGUUGCAAUAGACCAUUUGAUCACCCCUCGGCCUUAAUGAGCCAAGUGCCCUUUUGCAAGGUUAUGCCUUCGGUAUUUAGUGGACCCAGCAAGUUAGAAAAGUUAGGCCUUCGAACAUUGAGCCUUCAUGUAGAUUAGGCCCCCUUGGAAGGAAUUUGGUGAAAUCUUGCCUUCGGUGUUCAGUCUCCCCUCAGGUGGUGUUUCGAACCUCCUUAAUUUGUGGACUUAGGAAGAUUUAUGGGAGUUCCAUGGGGUUGCCUUCGGCUUUUGGUAGACUUAGGCGAAGUUCACCUUAGCUGGAUGUGUAGAAAUAUCCCAACCCUCGCCUUGUGCUGAGCUUUCAUAUAUUAUAAGGUUGAAGCCUUCGGUGGUAGCUCACUUGGGGUUUUGUGGCCUCAAUUUUGCGUUGUUGGGAGUUUUCACCCGAGGGGAUGUAAAAUGUGGACUUAACCAAAUUUCCAUGUUGUUUGAGUAAAUUUCGCCGGUAUGAACCCUUCGGUAAUUUCCCAAAGCUUUUGUGAGGUUGAGGGCUUCUCUUUGGGUGAAUAACCCUUGUGAUCCUUUAAUCUUGUGAACAAGAAGCCUUCGGUAAAUUGUCUCCGUGGUGUUGUUUUCUGUUGAAGAGCCUCCGGGAGUAUGGAAUCCAGGGAGUUCCUUCCCCCCUACACACAUUUUUUUUAUUUUAUUGUCGGAGGGGCAUCAAGAAACUUGGUUUCUUGGAAGGCUUGGCCUAUACGGGAGGCAACGGAAUAAACCAUUGGCUCCCCCCUCGGGGACUGACCUUCGGGAUCCCGAGGGGUUUGAGGGUCGUUUCCUCGGUCCGAGACAUCGUCUGUUACCUGCCUCCCCUUGGGGGAUAACACGGAAAACGCCUCGGUUUUGAAAGUCGUCCCCUCACCCCGAGACAUGGUCUGUUGCCUGCUUCCCCUUGGGGGAUAGCGCGGGGAGCAUUUCGUUUUUGAAAGUCGAAUCCUG